GAAGGGGUGCGCACAUCCUAAGUGCGCAAAAGCCAUGAUUGCAAGCUUUUCGGACUCGGAAAAACAAUACAAUACCAACGGCAGAUUUGGUCAUUCAGGCAGGCAAAUUGUCAAAUAACUAACGGUUACUUUAGUGCUCAUUAAUGUUUUUAUGUGCUUUAAUAGAUACGCUACUAUUUUAGUUAUUUCCCCAAUGCAAUACGUUAAGAUACUCAUCUACUAAGAGACGAAUUUUUAUUUACCCAUUAAUAAUAACGGAUGAUUCGGAAAUCGCAUACGAAAACGCCUUAGUUGUAUAUUUACUCCUUUUUCUACCCUUACUACCGUAUACGUAAUAACAAUAAUGAGCCAGAGACGAUUGGUGGCUAAGUAUGUACACUGGCGAAAAUACCUUUCAGCAAGCAUAACCAUAGCUUCCUUUUUACAGGAUCCAGAUAAAACGCGCAGAUAAAAAUGUUAGGCAGUGACAUCUGUUGCAGAUGAAAAGGAUUAAGAACUACAGAUUCAAAAGGCUGCUCCUUUUCUUUCAGUGUGAGAGAGGGAGAGAGAGAGAGAGGGUUUAGGUGGAGGCAAGUCGGCAGGGGAGCAGGAAGCAUGAAAUUGAGAGAAAAUAAGGAUAAACAAGCCGAAGGAUAUGGGACGGCACUGUUGCUUCGCAAGUGUGUGUGUGCACGUCCUGACCGCGUGCACACACACGCCGUGUGGCCGUGUAUAAGUGUGCGAGCGAGAGGGGGCGAUCGAUGGUGUGAGUGACUGGCAAUAGCCGCCGCGUCUUAUUGACAUUAAAACCGCUGCUGCUGCCGCCGCCGCCGUCGCCAGUCGACUUCACAUAUACCCGCUCUCUCGAGUCCCUCCCCAUACCAUUCCAUACCAUCCCAUCCCUACCAUUCAUCCUGGCUCGUUCUUCUUCCUCUUUUAUUUUUAAAUAACACCCGGCGCAGAUGCUAAACAAGACGCCAGAAAUUAAAGUGCAAAGGUGUGUGCUGCAGCAACAACAGCAACAACAGCAACAACAACAGCGUCCUCGACAGAAGGACGAUACUUUGGCGUUGUACUUAGCGUCAACCGAAGAAUACGAAGACAAGGACCGCGAACAAUGUGGGAUCAAGGAUCUAAGCAGAUAUAUAUGUAUGUAUGCACAUAUACCAAAUGUUCCGAGCGUCCACAUGGUGCGGAUUUAAUCACGCACACACAUUGGCAUUCAUGAAAGGAUAUCGGAUAUGUAUAGAGUAUCAAACGGAACCGCUGCGCAAGAUGGAAAACAGAUUUGAUCGCUAAUCAAGUAAAUAGAUGAUACAUAUCAUUGUCAAACUUGAAAUUAAAUGAAUCAAAAGUACUGAACAUCCUGAAUCAAGCAAAUGACAUAUGGCAUCCUAUGUGAAAAAAUAAUAUAAAGGAUCUCUUAGUGAUCUCAUUCAAGAUUAGCCAACUAUCUCCUCGUGAUAUUAUAAAAUAUUUACGACUCACUCAUAUCUACUGAUUCAUGCACUCCUUUGCUAAGAGAGUUAUUUAUAGGAACUGUGAUCUAAGAAGGAAAACUGGUGGAAACAAUAUGGGCUUUUUCGGAAUCUAUUUUAGGUCACUUGUUAAUAUUGUUCCAUUGCAUAUUUAAUCCAUAUGAAUUUGGUCUGUGGUUUCUGAUUAUCAAUUUUCAAAGCCCUAAUUGCAGUUGAAAAACCGCAGUGGAAAAACACAUUUCAAUUCGAUUUGAAAUGAAGUUCAUGGAAUAACCGAAACGUAGUUUAAAUUUUAAUUAAAAUUUUAAUACAGUUUGUCAAGUAUUUUCGUUCCAAAUCAAAUUUGUUUAGGUUUACAAGCGUAAUUUUUAUUGUUUACCAACGUGAUAGAUGUACAAUAAAAAUAUAUAAACGAUCUAGACCCAAGCAAUUGCAUUAAAAACUUGACAAGCUGUAUGUACAUCUACAUUAUUUUCGAGUAAAAUAACAACAAGAUAAAGCUGGCUUGUUCUCAACAACUAUCAGGCUAAAAAAAAAAAAUGAAAAUAAAAACAAACAGAAUCGCAAAAAAUUGCCGAAUGGAAAUUUUGUGGCACGCAAACUUGUUGCUCCAUCUGCGUGUGAGUGAGAUGUGUAUGCUAGUGUGUAUGUGAGCCAGUCUAUGAGCGCGCGAGUUUGUGUGUGUUUGUGUGCGAGGAGAAGCUUACUUUGCGAUGUUUAAAUAAUAAAUGAUUUAUUUAUUUUUCGGUUUGUUUUUGUUUUGAUUUCCACCUGGGCUGAUGCAUUUUGGUGCCCACUUUUACGAGAAAACGCCGAACUAAUCGUUUUCGUUAUAUGUAUUUAUUAUUAUUUUUUUGUUGCUUUUUGCAUGUCACCAACAGAAACAGAAAAAAAAAACGAAACGAAACACACUGAAAAACGCGCGCGUACACUUGUAUAUAUGUGAAUGUGCGCUGGUAUUGGCGCGCGUGUGAGUGUGAGCGAAUUUGCAAGAGACGGGGCGUAUGAGCAAUGCCGUGGCGAAAACUUUGCCACUUUUGUUGUCUGCGACGAAAGCAAAAACAGCGAGACACCGUAAAAAAAAAAACAAGUAAUAUAAACACAGCUUUACAUGCGCAGUUUUUGUUGUUGUUUUUAUCCGGCUGCUGUGGCGUUGCACUGCGUAUUACUGUUUUACACUUUUUUUUUACUUUUUAGAGCGUCCGCGUUGCGGCGACGCGUUGUAAGCGGUUCGAAAGGUAGCGCAGCACUGGCGCUCUGCCGCCAAUUCGAACAGCUGAGCGCCAGCCGAAGAGAGAGAGCCGAAGAGUGCCGAACGACGCAGCUCCGCUACCACUACCACCGCAAUGGCGCUCAGUCGCGGUCGCUGUGCGCUGCUGUGCUCUGCUGUAAGCGCUCUUACAUUCCGCGCCCGAAUUUUUCGUGCUUUUCCCUUGUUUUCCCUGUGGGCCAGCGUUUCGCUGCUGCUCGGACUCGGUUUGGGCCAACACUUGUCGCCUCUUGGCCAUUAUGCAACGACAGCGAAACGAAGGUGCUCACGAAGUGGCCAAGCUGCUCUCUGAUUGGUCGGCGGUCAGUGCCACGAGGCCAGCCGAAGUUCUCUCGCGAGAACCCAAGAGCACUCUCUCCCUCUCUUUUGGGAGAGAUGAGAUAGCAAAGAAAAGCCAAAACACUAGAACAAUCCAGAAGCCAAGUUUUCCGGCUUGCACAUACGCCGUAUAAUCCGCAUUUUUUGCGAACUCUAAACUCGAGUCUAUCAGCUAUAAUAUUACAAUUCGUUCACUAUAAACAAAUAAACUAAUAUAAUUUUGCUCAGAAAUCGAUGCACUAUGAUGAGAGAAUAGUGAAAAACAAUUCUCAGUUAAUAGCUUUUAAACUGCUCUGCAAAUGGGAAAACAAAUUAAAAUAUACACAUUUUCAUGCCAAAUAAUAGGAUAUCCUAUCCUUCAUUAUAUAAGCAUAAACAAUGAAAAUAUUCUAGCUCGCUUUGAUCUUUUAAUGUGUGUAUAAUGUAUUAGUACGUGUACUUUAGUCAAAGAACUAUGCACAAAUACCGGUUGAACUUUUUUUGGGUAUGGAAAAGCAACCGCAUGUGAGCGAAAAGAAUGUUUGGGGAUUGAAGGCGUGAUAUUGGGCGGAGUGGCCAAAACAUUGGCAAGGGAGCCAUCAGCAUCAGCAUCCACAUCCACAUUCACAUCCACAUCAUCGCCAGCGUCGAGAGCUCUUUCGAUCGAAAUAAAUUCGAAUCGAGUGCGAUUCGUCAACAAGGCGAAGAUAAAGAUUUCAGAGCAAUAGAACAGAAAAUCAAUGUUAUUCAAUCAAAAGCCAAUGCAAAAUUGCUUUGCACUCUGGCACACUGCUAUGUAAAUAUGUUAGAGAUUCAACUUUUACAAAUUCUAUUUUCCAAGUCCAAGUAAAUAUUUUAAAGAACUAUCGUGCUUAAGGCAUUAUUAUGAUUAAAAAUAAACUGAUUGCAGCUGAUAAGAAUCGUGAAUU